GCCAGAGUCAAAUUACCUCCCCAACGAGUCCUUCUUCCAUGGCCUCCUACAUUUCACAGCUCAGAAUCCCCAUCGCAUAAUUAUUCGCGAUCCCGAAGCGGGACUCGAGGCCAGCUGGCUCCAGUUCUGGGCUGAUGUCUUGCAAACCCGAAGCCAGCUGCUCUCGCAGCUGAGCGCGUGGGUGCGCGAUGAGAGCUGUGUGCUGAGGGAAACAGUGCAUGUGUGUGUGCUUGGAAAGGCGAAUUAUGAGGCGUGUGUUGCGGCGUUUGCGAUUCUGGGGUUGGGGGGUGUUUAUUUGCCGUUGCCUCCUCACCUAUCUCCAAAGGAUAUGCUGCAUCUUCUUCGAACCUGCCCACAAAAACAUAUCCUCGCUGAAGCUGGAUUUGUCAAACAGGCAAAGGAAAUCCAGCAAUACGCUGCCCAGCACAAUCAAGAAGUAACAGUCAUCCCAAUCCAAAGCCAAACUCCAGCACCUCUUAGUCUAUCUGCUCUAAAUCUCCAAAUCCACGAACUAUCAACCGUCCCUGCCUCCCAACCAGGCAUAAUAUUCUUCUCCUCGGGCUCAACCGGCAUCCCAAAAGGCGUCGUCCACGCCCGCAGAUUCCUAUACGAUCUGCCCCGCGCAGACCCGGACGAAUGCGCCCUCCUCCAUCGCCCUCUCUACUGGGCCGGUGGCUCGAUGGUGUUCAUAAAGGCUAUCCUACGUGAUCAGGCUGUGCAAGUCAUUGACACGGCGGCUAGUAUGGCGGCGUACUGGGAGGUGCUGAGACAAGGCCGCGUGACGGCAAUCCUGUCGACUGUGCUUUUAUGGGAUGGCUUGGCGGCUUAUUACCGAGAUCAUAUUUCCCAUCUCUCGGAUGAGAAGAGGGAUGAGUAUCGACGUGGUGUGCGGAGACUGAGGAAUCCGGAAAUAGGUGGGUAUACGCCGUUGCCUGAGUUGUUGCGUUUCUGGAGAGACGAGAUUGGGAAGGAGUUGGUGGUUAUUUAUGCAUCGAGUGAGACGGGGGGGAUUGUGCUUUCUUCGAGGGAUGGGUAUGAUGUUAACAUGGAGAGGUAUAUUGGCAUGUCGGUACCAGGACGUGAGGUCAUUCUUUCACGCGGGGACCAUGGUGAAAUCCUUGUCAGGGGCAAAAUGACCUUCAUCGGAUACCUCAACGACGAGAUAUCUCGAGAAGAUCUGUUCACACACGACGGCUACUACAAAACCGGUGACAUUGCACACCGCAAGGGCGAUCAUUUUUUCUUCGACGGUCGUGCCUCUAUGGACUUCAUAAAAACAAUAGCCAGUCCAGUUCCCAUCGUCUAUCUUGAAAACCAAAUCUCAAAACUCCCACAUAUACAAGAAGCAUACGUCGUUCCAGUUUACGAUGCUCGAAUUGGGAAUCGCGUGGGAGUUUUGGCUCGUGUCAGUGCUCCAAACUACGAUCUGCAGACGCUGCGUGAUGCUCUAGCUGAAGCACAAGUUGCUUCUCAUAUGCUUCCGACUGUGCUAAGACUCCUCAGUGACGAAGAAAAAGUCCCCAUGACUGACUCGGCAAAGAUUGCAAAGAUGAAGCUUUUGGAGUUAUAUUUUCCGAAGUCAGGGGGCAUGCCGGGAAAGACUAAAUUGUGAUGCGGGAUCCUUCGGGAUAAUCUGGAUGAUUAUGAUGGUAGAAUAUAACAUUCAGUUAAACACCUCCUUUUCAAUCCCUCGAAGGCCGAAAGCCAUUGUCGGGACAGGCGGCAAAGCUAAAGGAGGCUGGACAGGAGUAUCAAACAUGAAAUGAAUAGGAGUAUUAACGGUACAUUCGUGGCAGUCUCGUUGUUUCCAUAAUCAACAGUAACAAUCAGGACAAGUCUUGUCAAUCCGCCGCUAUUUUCCAGCCAACUCCCGCG